AUGUAUGACCUGAAUGCUUUGGAGAUUGGAGGCAUGGUGUAUGACCCGAAUGCCUUAGAGAGUGGAGGCACAGUGUAUAACCUGAGUACCUUAGAGAGUAGAGGCACAAUGUAUGACAUGAAUGUCUUAGAGCUUGGAAGCACAGUGUAUUACAUGAAUGCCUUAGAGAGCGAAGGCAUGAUAUAUAAGCUGGAUGCUUUGGAAUUUAGAGAUACAAUAUAUGACCUGAAUGCCUUGAAGAUUAAAGGCACAGUGUAUGACCUGAAUAGCUUAGACAUUGAAGAAAACGUGGCCCCAAAAAAGCUAGCCGGGCAUCCUUUUGUUAUAAAUAGGACCCAAUCUUUGAUCCUUUUCCCGUCGGCGAUCAGAAUGGAAGCCUCCUCAGUAGCUUUGCUCCUUGCUUCCCUGCUCUUCUCCGCAGCCUCCGCCGUCGACUACACGGCGACCAACAACGCCGGCGGCACCCCGGGAGGCGCCCGGUUCGACUCCGAGAUCGGCCUCGACUACGGCAAGCAGGUGUUGGCCGACGCCUCCUCCUUCUGCUGGUCCAUUUUCCAGCAACCCACCGAGGCUGAUCGCAGGUCGGUGCAGCGCAUCGCGCUCAUCGUCGAGUCCAUGGACGGCGUCGCCUACAACUCCAACGACGAGAUCCACCUCAGCGCAGACUACGUCGCGGGCUAUAGCGGCGACGUGCGGACCGAGAUCACCGGCGUGCUGUACCACGAGGUAACGCACUCGUGGCAGUGGAACGGGCGCGGCGCCGCCAACGGAGGCCUCAUCGAGGGGAUCGCCGACUUCGUUCGGCUCAAAGCCGGCUACGCGCCGGGGCACUGGGUGGGGCCCGGCGGAGGGGACCGGUGGGACCAGGGGUACGACGUGACGGCCCGGUUCCUGGACUACUGCGAAGGGCUGAUGGCCGGCUUCGUGGCGCAGCUGAACGCGAAGAUGAGGGACGGCUACAGCGAUGACUUCUUCCAGCAGUUGCUGGGGAAGACGGUGGACCAACUCUGGACCGACUACAAGGCCCAGUACAGUGGCUAAAUAAAUAUAAAUAUAUAUUCAAAAUUAAUCAUUAAUAUUAUAAUCCAUGCCUUAUCGAAUAAUUUGAAACGAUAUAUAUAUUUUAAUACAAGCUUCGUGUUGGAGUUUGAUGAAAGUAAAAUAUAUAAUUUAUUUUUA